GCAAGAUGGCGAGUUCAUCUCCGGUUGAUUGUUCGUUCCGUGUUACUUCAAUACACAUUUGAUGACAUUUUUUAUUCGUUUUCUAUUUCGUAAUGGGCUGGUAUUCUUGAUAUUAGCAAAAAUAACUGUAGUAUUAUAGUGAAAUUAACAUUAAAAAUUUGUAAAUAUAUUAUAAUCGAAUGUGCAUCUAUCCCACCUGAGGAAUGUUGGUUUUUUUUCAGUGAUUUGUGAUUCGGUCAGGUGUUUUCAUUUUAGAUAUAAAAUUUUGUUCUUGCGCAGUGAGUGAAGUUACCGAGUUCAGAUGUAUUUGUGUCGUGGGGAUGUUAGAUGUCGGGACUGUCUUCAAUGUUGGGAAACAAAAGCUUGAACUAUUUGUUUUGAUAGACCGUGAUAAAGUUAAUUAAGAAGGUCGGACGGAGAUACAGCCCCGGCCAAAGUGAUGGCCUUCAGUGAGGUCGACCCCGAGCUGAUCUUCACGAAACAAGAGAAGAUCGGUAAGGGUUCCUUCGGUGAGGUCUUCAAAGGUGUCGACAAUAGAACGCAACAGGUCGUUGCUAUAAAAAUAAUUGACCUCGAAGAAGCCGAAGAUGAAAUCGAAGAUAUUCAGCAAGAGAUCAUGGUGCUGUCACAGUGCGAUAGCCCCUACGUCACUAAAUAUUAUGGAUCAUACUUGAAGGGAACAAAAUUAUGGAUUAUAAUGGAAUACCUCGGCGGGGGGUCCGCAUUAGACCUCAUGAAAGCUGGGAGCUUCGAGGAGAUGCACAUCGCAGUGAUCCUUCGUGAGGUACUGCGAGGUCUCGACUACCUACACUCUGAGAGGAAGCUGCACAGAGAUAUAAAAGCAGCAAACGUACUUCUCAGUGAGAUGGGUGAUGUCAAGCUAGCUGAUUUCGGUGUCGCGGGCCAAUUAACGAAUACAACAAGCAAACGGAACACUUUCGUCGGUACACCGUUCUGGAUGGCGCCUGAAGUGAUAAAACAGUCUUGUUACGACAGCAAAGCCGACAUAUGGUCGCUGGGAAUCACAGCAAUAGAACUAGCGAAAGGCGAACCCCCCAACUCCGAACUUCAUCCCAUGAGAGUGCUAUUUCUCAUACCAAAAAAUAACCCUCCCCAGCUGACCGGCAGUUAUUCGAAACCAUUCAAAGAGUUCGUCGAGGCGUGCCUGAAUAAGGACCCCGAAAAUAGGCCGACAGCAAAAGAGUUGUUAAAAUUUCAGUUCAUCAGGAAGGCUAAGAAGAAUUCGUAUUUAAUGGAUCUUAUAGAUAGGUAUAAGAAGUGGAAGGCGCAGAGGAGUGAGGAGAGCGAAACCGAGUCGGAGAAUUCGGAUUCUGAGGAGUGCAGUCGCGGCGACGGCGAGGCGGACGAGCCGUGGAUCAUGACGGUGCGCGGCGGCGCGGGCGCGCGCGCGGCCCCGCUGGCGCACCACGCGCACCUCGCGCACCACGCGCACCUCGCCGACGACAAGCGGCGCACCAUGCACGACGACGCCGUGAUACCUUCCCCAACGUCGCCGGUCGCCCCCAAACAGAACGGCUCGUUGAGCGCUCGCGAGGACGUGCCGGCCGACAACCACAACAACCACAAGCCGGCGCCGCUCAACAACAACACCCCCGACAAGCAACCCUCGCGCCAGUCGCCGCUCGUGUCCCCCGAGCAGCGCGGCGCCAAGGAGCGCGAGCGCGCCGAGCGCGACCGCGACGAGCGCAAGGAGCGGGACGCCUCCAACAGGGACAGCGUAGUCUAUAACAAUAAAGCGUCAUCGCCGUUGGAUCACAGAGGAGCAAACAACGAGGAGAACAAAGUGAGGCGACACGCUUAUCUCCAGCAACUUAUAUAUCCGUUAUUAAACGAGCUGUCUCGCAAACACGGCGCGGGCAGCGCGGCCGCCGUGGAGGAGCUGCGGCGCGCCUUCGACGCCGCCGAGCGCGCCGCGCCGCACCUCACGCGCGCCUUCGUGCAGCAGGUGGUACAGAGAGUGGCCACGCAGUCACACCAACCGUCCCCACCCUCACAUAACUCGCAACAGUGGAUGAGGACCCCGUAACGCCGGCGGCCGCCCGCAGCGCGCCCCGCCCCGCGCCGCGCCCCGCGCCGCCCGUCGUGACGUCACUCGCCAGCGGCGCUACAUAUAUUAUAUUUUGUUACCCUAACAUAGUGGCUAAUAUUGAACUAAAUAAGAGAGAACCUAAAUUCCUGCGUUAUCGCGUUGAUAUAAACGGAUCAUUGAGGUGGUCGAGGGGCUUACGGAUGUCUGAAUUUAUUAGUGUUUAUAGUUUCUUACUCGCUGAGGAGUGGACCACUGGCCGACUGGCUGCAGUCGGCGUUCUCGUAUAUGAGAAAUUUGUUUCGAGGGGAAAAGGAUUCAUGUCUAAAUAUUUAUUAACGCUGGCGAUAUUAUGGUGUUGGUGAUGCGAAAAAACUAUACAAAAAGGAAAGAUAAUCUUUUAUGUUUAAAUAUUACUAUUAAAUAUGUUCUAUAAAAUCCACUAAAUGUACGAUUAUUUUAUAAUAACAUUUUAUACCGGUUUUUGAGUAUAACUAACGCCAUAAUUAUGUUUCGAAAAUAUUUUAUGAUUAAUGUAAAUUUUUAAACAUAAUUCAGUUAUAUAAUGUUUAUACUUGAAUAUGCGUUAGUCACGCGUUAGUUUGAAAUUCAUAACUUUCAUUGUAACAUUUAUUAAUUACAUACUUCAUAUUCUUUGACCACAGCGAAAUGUAACCGUCGCAUUUUAAUUCUAAAAAAACAUAUAAUAAGAUAUAUAAUAUAUAUAUUAAACGAACAAAUUCUAUCCACAAUCCGUCUUCUAGUGACCUUACUAUACCAAUCGUUUGCUAAAGUACCACUUAUAAUAUUUGUAUCUGUGACGCCAAGUUGCUAUGCCAUAGAUAAAAAAUAUAAACACUAAAGUUACGUCUUCAGAUAGAAUAUUCGUUUUUCAUGUAAAUAUAAACGUCUUUUUACCGUGAGAGUAAAAUUCUCACACAAAUUGUAACAAAAAAUUACCUUUUUUUUUAGAAUUAGCGAGUCGUUUCUGAUAGAAUUGAUUUGACAGCGACUGUUUUGUAUGCGUGUUCGUUUGUUUGUAAUUCUUUCACAAUUAAUUUAUUAAUUAUCGUCGAGGACUCAUUAGCUACACUUGUCCAAUAUUUUGCCAUAUAUUUUUUUUGUUUCUAAUAAAAGUUUUGUAUAGUGGCCUGAUAACGUUAGGCGUCGAAAUUCUAACGUAUUUGUGCUAAAGAUAUGUUGAAAUUUUGGUAGUGUUUCUUUAGUGUCAUUCCAGACAAAAGACAACAUUGUCAGCAUUUAUAGAUUUAUGAAUUAAUUCUUCGAACUUGAUUUCGUUCUUGUUCUAAUUUUAAUCACUGCGGAGUUGAUCAUCGUGUGCACUGUGACCGUUUAAAAAAAGGUUAUUAGUUUAGAUUUGAAGAACUUAGUUAUUAAUCUAAUUCGGUUACAUACCGACUUUGUAAUAAAUCUACGACUAAUGAGAUGUUUUAAAACAUUAUUCUAAUAUUUGUUACAAUUUUUAUCUUAAUUUUAUUUCGUUUAGAUAAUACCGUUGGAGGCGAUGCGAACUGAGUAUUCGCGAAUGAAAAGUAUUCCGACGCCGAUGAGCACGCGGUGUCGUCACUUGCUUAAUAUGCGACAAUAUUUAGCAAUCGGAACUAUAUAGAGUAUAUUAUAAUGAAGACUACAAAACAAUUAUUAUUGCUGUGUAAAAAUGUAAACCUAUUAUAAAUGUGUAAAUUGUGUAGUAUAAUAUAAAGAAAACAGUUUAUGAAGUGUUCUUAUAAGCGUAUGGAGAUAGCUGUGUUCGCGUCCCGGGAGCCGAGCCCGCCAGUUCGUAACCUCUAGUUUAACCUUUCCAUUCUUAUGCUAAGUUAGGAAGCACUAAAUAUUGCCUCUAAAACGUAGUCGUAAGUCGGCGGGCUCCGCUCCCGGGUCGCAUCGUGUUCUGCCUUUUAUUUUUGUUUUGCCAUGCGUUAAGUGCAUGGGAGAUGUUAAGUUGAUUUCGUGAAGAAACAAAAAUUAUUUUUCCACUCGAUGGUAUUAUAUUGUAAUGCGUGUAGUGUUAGAGUUGGGCGAAAAUUGUUGAUUAUUGAUUAAAAUUAGGUGUUUGUGGCAUUGGAUCGUAGUUGAGGCGCGUCGGCCGCGGUCGCGGUAGAGGUUGUAGUUGUUACCUACGGGGAUUCGCAGAUUGUUCACGAUCGCGUCGUUUGGUUCAUGGGUAAUGUGAUCAUAAUUACAUAGUUAAUAUAAUAUAUAUAAUUAUAAUUAAAAAGCCGAUCGUAGUACUGCGUAAACCGUUGCGAGUCGGUCCGUCGCCUGUGCCAGCAAAUAGCAUGUCGGUUAUGAAACAACGCUUUACUGAGUAACUGUGAUAUAAAUAUACGGUGAAUCGUCUUGGAUGUUAGCGGAUAAGGCAUUCGGUCGCAUAUGUGCGCACAUGCGCACGAGUGACGUGCAGUCGCCGCACAUGUGGCACAUGUGCGCACACGUGCGGUCGCGGACGGGCCGGCGCGCGGUGUGCGCGUAACGAGAUGUAACCCACUCAUGCACCAGUCGAAGUAACAGCUCACGACGCGUACCAUUAGUGCAAUGGUCAAUUAAUGUUACGGCGUCAUUCUAACACGUUUAUGUAGGAAACAAAUUUGACUCUGGAAUAAAAGAAGUUAUUUAAUUUUGGA